AUGGACGACAUUGUGCCUCAGAACACGUACCGGACGUACAAACGGGAUACGCAGCAGCUCCUGUUCUGGAUCAUCCACGCCUUCAACUCGGUCCUCGAGUCGUCGGCGGCCGCAGAGGCAGCAAGUGAUGGGCAGCAGCACCGCCAAAAUGUGACGGGUCAGGUCACUGUUAGGGAGCUUGUGGCCAUGGCAAAGACGAUAUCUGAGCAUGCCAUCCGCAUCCCUGGAGCCAUCUACCGCAAACUGCAGUCCGUGACUCGCGCCAGGACGGUCAUGUACAUGGCUUUCCAGCAGCUCGCUGCCUUGAGUAAAAAGGCUGAUCCAGAGAUGGAGAAGAGCAAUACAACACACAAGUACUUUAUCGAUGCUCUACAUGAGGUGUUUGAGCUCUUUGGAGGGCCUGCUUGGGAGAAGCAGCAGCAGGACCAGACUCGAAAGCAGGCCGUUCGGCCCGACGGGAGCAGGGAGGCUGAUCUCGACGCCGAACUUGACGCAGAGGUCGAAAGCGCCAGGUUCACCAACAAGUUUGCGGCACUUGGCCUUGGCAGCUCUGCGAAUAACGGACUGGACACUGCAGCUGUGGACUCUAGCGGUGACGAGGAAUCUGACGAGGAGUCGAGACCAGCUGCUGCCGGGCAACAGCGCCGCCAAGCUCGGCCUGGAAGAGGCAACAAAAAGAAGAAGAAGAAGGGUGGCAAGCGAGCUAAGAAGGGCAAGCAGGAAAGUAAGCCUCAGACGCUGGAUGAGGUUCCGCUUGAAAGCUACCGCAUCAUCGAGGACACAGACGGCACGGUCACCGAUUACCUCUUGGCUGUCUAUGCCCUCUUUGAGGAGAUCUGCGACCUCCGGCUGUACAUGAGCGGCGUGUGGCGUGAGGUUGCGUAUGAGGGCCUCAACGGUGCCGUGGCGGCUACCCUGGGCGAUCUGGCUACGGCUAUAGUCAAGCGAGCCGAGUCGGCCAUCAUGGUUGAAUUUCCCGGACACGAGUCGUAUGAGACGGUAAUGCGGACCAUUACACGCGGUGAUAUCGAAAAGGCCCAGGGUAAAUUCGCAAUUACACUCUACAAGACCUCAGACGGGGAGGGGCCGGCAGAAAAGAUGGAAGAAACCAGUCUCGAUAUCAAGGAAUACUUCCUCAUCUACGCAUACCGGGACCUAGUCGACUUCGUGACCGACUUCCAGGCCACUCGCAGCGGAAAGCCGACCAAGCGCAUGCUCCAGGAGAUUGACAAGUGGGAUCCAAAUCUGGACCUGCAGCGUGCCACCAAGGAGCAGAGACAACGUUGGCGCCGGUCCUAUACCAUCAACUGGCUUUACGACCUGGUCAAUGUCUUCUCCGGCAUUGUGGUUCAACGCAACACGAUGAAGGGAGAACAUCAUGUAUACGAAAAGGUCGACUGGUCCGCCGAUGGCGAGUGGAGCGAGCAUGUGCGGCUCUUUGGCAUCAACGAGUUUGCCGGCAAUGUUACCUCCAUUGCUAUGCAAAAGCCCGGCACCGACGUCAAGAAGCUCAUCAACCCAAGCUUGGUAUUCCAGCUGCAGUGCAUAGUCGACUCUCUGAUGGUCUCGCGCGGCUGGUCGCUCAACAGCUUCAGGGGACAUGUCUUGGAGCCGCCAAAGAAGGGUUACCGGCCGAGGCGAGACGUCGACCUCUUCCUGGAUCGUCAAACCGAGAGAUUCGGCAAGGGUAUCCUACAGGGUGCUUUUGUACUGCAACAGCUGCUGGAGCAGGACAGCGCGACGCAUCCGGAGCGACAUGAGGCACACAUCGGCGUGCUCCAAGGUAUACUUUGGGAUUUUCGCGACUGGCUGGGCGAGUCCAAAUACAAGUCUGGACUGGCGACGCUGCCACCUUCUCGCUUUUCCAACAGCAACUCCAAUGGUCUCUGGGAAUAUUCGCCCUUUCUCUGCGGCGCUGGGCUGGCCGAGGGCCUGGAGCUCGUUUACCGGUUCGGCCUGACACUCUGGGACCGGAUGCCCGAGCCCAUGCUCAUGGUUCAUCUGCAUAACAUGCUGGUGCAACAGAAGUAUCUUAAACGGUCCGUCGGGCUAUUUGCUGCUCUGGAAGAUACCUUCUCGAAAGCCUUCUACGCCGACGGCCGCCCCCCUACCUCCAACUUCACCGACGCCCUCAGCAGUCAGAUUGGCAAGACGGGUACUCAUUUCGAACAUCGCCGACGGGCCGCACAGAAGAGGGGAGCCAAUACCACGCUCGCCAUGCUGGACGUGGCUGCAAACCGUUUCUUCCGCACCAAGUCCAAUCUCCUGCUAUACCGCGAAUCUGGAUGGAAUCCCGACCGUAUUUCUAACGAGGACCUCGGAGAGCACACCUUCCUGUAUCAAUUCCGCUCCCGUCAGUCAAAUCACUCAGCUGCCGAGUCGUUUAGGCACGAGACAGGCAGAUUUCAGUCUCUUGAGGCGGGCGGACCCCGUCCGCUCCAUAUGGUGUCCGACAAGGACCCCAAGGCAGCACUGCCCCGAAACCUAAGACCUGACCGCCUGUCACGACGGGGGCUUCUUGAGCUCAUCCGGUGCGACGUCUACUCGGACAUCUGCGGUCCUUCACCAUUGUCGAGUCUCAACUACUUUUGGGUCACAGCACGGAUGAUCAUGAUCUUUGGGAUGUUCGAACAUGAGCUGAAGAGAAUCAACAACCCCCUGUACAAUGACAUUUACGUUGCGAACAGCGGACGCGGCAUUGAAAAGCGGAUUCUGCUGGCGGUGGCGGCGUUGUCUGAGAGAGAUGAAGAGUGUCUGCGGACCAUGGCCAGGAUCUUGGAAGAGCAGAGAACGGGCUGGUUGGCACACAUCUACUGGGAUGACCUUGACACGACCAUGGAUCGACUCCUCCGCCCUCGAGAUGAUGUAGAGGGGCCGAAUCCGGAUGUGUGUAGCAUCAUGUAG